GCGCCAGGAAGCGGCCGGAGCGGAGCGCGCUGCAGCUGGGCCCGGCGGAGGCCGGCGGAGCCCUGCGGAGCCCCGCCGGCUUCAGUAAUCCGCCGGAGGCAGCACCCGGCCCCACCCCUGGGGAGCAGCGCGCCCCGGAGUGCACCGCGGGGCGCAGGAGGUAGAGACGCACCAGGGAGCCAGAGACGCGCAGGGAGAGACCCGGCUGCCUCCGGGGAAGUGCGCGGCCCCAAAGGGCACGGGUGAGGGGAGGACGCAGCGAGCUGAGUCCGGGGGCUCGCGGGACCCCAACGGGCAGGGGCAGAUCCUCCACGGGGCCCCUCCCUCCGGCCUGGGCCCCACCCCUCCGCGGGGCGCGCUGGUCUAACUCCCGCCCCGGCCCAGGACCCUCUGUCCUGCGCUCCCCCCAGGGUGCCAUGGCCUCGCGGCUCCUGCACCGGCUGCGGCACGCCCUGGCGGGCGACGGCCCCGGGGAGGCGGCGGCGGGCACGGAGGGCGAGCAGUUCCCGGAGAGCUCGGAGCUAGAGGACGACGACGCCGAGGGCCUGUCCUCCCGCCUCAGCGGCACCCUUAGCUUCAACAGCGCGGAGGACGAGGACGACGAGGACGAUGAGGACGACGAGGCGACCGGCCCCGACCCGCUGCCCCCUGGGGACGGGGCGCCAGGAGAGGACGCAGAACGGAACCCCUCACCUGACGCACAGCGCGGCAGUCAGCUCCUGACGCGGCAACUGCAGGAUUUCUGGAAGAAGUCCCGGAACACCUUGGUACCCCAGCGGCUGCUCUUCGAGGUGACCAGCGCCAACGUGGUCAAGGAACCCCCCUCCAAGUACGUGCUCUACACCAUCGCCGUGACGGGGCCGGGGCCACCGGACCGCCAGCCGGCCCAGAUCUCUCGCCGAUACUCGGACUUUGAGCGGCUGCACCGAAACCUGCAGCGGCAGUUCCGGGGCCCCAUGGCCGCCCUCUCCUUCCCCCGGAAGCGCCUGCGCCGGAACUUCACCGCAGAGACCAUCGCCCGCCGCAGCCGGGCCUUCGAGCAGUUCUUGAGCCACCUGCAGGCGGUCCCCGAGCUGCGCCAGGCCCCAGACCUGCAGGACUUCUUCGUGUUGCCCGAGCUGCGGCGGGCGCAGAGCCUCACCUGCACGGGCCUCUAUCGCGAGGCCCUGGCGCUCUGGGCCAACGCCUGGCAGCUGCAGGCCCAGCUGGACACCCCAUCCGGCCCCGAUCGCCCUCUGCUGACCCUGGCUGGGCUGGCUGUGUGCCACCAGGAACUGGAGGACCCUGGGGAGGCCCGGGCGUGCUGCGAGAGAGCUCUUCAGCUGCUGGGGGAUGCGAGCCCCCACCCUUUAUUGGCGCCCUUUCUGGAGGCCUACGUCCGGCUCUCCUGGCGCCUGGGCCUGGACAAACGCCAAUCAGAGGCCCGGCUCCAGGCCCUGCAGGAGGCGGGCCUGACCCCCACGCCACCGCCCAGUCUCAAAGAAUUGCUCAUCAAGGAGGUACUGGACUGACCUUGUCUAGACUUCAGGCCGCACUGGGGAGAGGCACUGCCCCCAGGGAUGGCGAGGGGCGGGGGACUGAUGAGGACCUAACCGCGGCUGGGAGGCUGUAGGGGUGCUGGGAACCCCUGGAAGUACCACGGAGAAUUUGUGGCAGACCAAGAAUAUGUGAUUUUUCCGCUGAGCUGGGCUCGGGAGAAGCUCUGGCUAGGGAUGCCUGAGGCGGAGCGGGGAGGGGGUCUGAUGCCCUCCCUUCAGCCUAUGAGCAGGUCGGGGUCAGGGUUCCCUUUGCCUUGGGCCUCCCCACCAGUGAAGCCGCCUGGCCGGAGGGCCAGGGACUCUGCCUCUGGAGUCCUGGAGUUGAUGGCCGGAGGGCGGCACGCUGCAGUUCUGGCCCAGGGGAAUUAAAGGCCAGCAGCUCCUGUG